UCUCUCUCUGUUUCUCCCCACCCUCAUUGCGAAUUAACUAGGGGCUAGAAGGGAAACUAGUAAGAGACCCCUAAACCAUUCAUUCAUCUGGGUCCCGUGUUUUCCUCCCGCUUUCUUUCCCUUCCGUUCUUCGACUCUACGCUGUCCUUUUCGCGCUCCCAACGCGUCUCUUUACUUCAUCGUGGGAAUUUUCUUCUCAUCUAAUCCUUUGAUUUUUCCCUCCACCUUUCGACAGAAGUAGAGCAGGGCUCCCUCAGUCAUCCUUCUCCCAUCAUAAUGUCCUCUCCAUCUUCGGCAGGAAAGCGCAAGCGCAGUGCUUCUCAAUAUCUUCCAUCCAACGUAACCUCCGCUGACCUUCUGCAACCGUCAUCACGCGAUGCGUCGGGUGAAGAUGGCGACGAUUCGACCGGCCCUAAUACUCCGUUAUCGGUCAAGUAUAAGAAGCAGGCGCCAAUUGAUGUAACUUCAGCGAGCAAUGUUCCACCGUCAAAACGGGCUCGGAAGAGUUCCACGGUUGGUGAGCAGACCAAUGGCCCUGCCACCGAAGAACCUUCGGCGCUCAGCAAGGAGGAUCCUGGCGAGCCUUCUGAAACUACAGUCGCUAGUAGCGACAUUGAAAGCCGCAGCAAGGGCCGGUCGGGAUUACAGAUCCAGACGACAGAUGUUGAAACUAGGGAAGACCUGAUGCAGCCACCUGAGCGGGCUGGGUUGCAGGAUCCGGUCGGAUAUCAUACCAACCCUCCGCCCGUGGGGCGGCCAGUCCGAGUGUAUGCGGAUGGUGUCUUUGACUUGUUUCACGUGGGCCACAUGCGUCAACUUGAACAGGCGAAGAAGGCCUUCCCGGACGUGCAUCUGAUGGUCGGUGUGACUGGAGAUGAGGAGACUCAUAAUCGGAAGGGCCUCACUGUCCUGAGCGGGGCGGAGCGCGCAGAAAGUGUUCGUCAUUGUAAAUGGGUAGACGAAGUGAUCCCCAACUGUCCUUGGGUGGUCACUCCCGAGUUUAUUGAGGAGCACAUGAUUGACUACGUUGCGCAUGAUGACCUGCCCUACGGUGCAGCCGAGGGAGAUGAUAUCUAUGCUCCGAUCAAGGCUCAAGGCAAGUUUUUGGUUACCCAGAGGACGGAGGGUGUCAGCACUACGGGAAUCAUCACUAGAAUUGUCCGCGAUUACGACCAGUACAUCUCCCGCCAAUUCAAGCGAGGCGCUUCGAGACAGGAGUUGAACGUGUCAUGGCUGAAGAAGAACGAAUUGGAAAUCAAGCGACAUGUAGCGGAGAUUCGGGACAAUAUUCGGAACAACUGGACAAGCACGGGCCAAGAGCUUGGCCGAGAAUUACGACAACUCUGGCAGAACAGCCGGCCUGGCAGCCCAGCUCCGAGCGCGAGGAACAGUGUUGACAUGGGCAGUACACGCGGAAAUGUUGUCAGCCCAACCACUGGUACCAUGAAGACCCAUCUGUCACGAGUGGAGUCAAUGGGUCGCCCUGAAAGCCCCAUUGGAAAUGGACGGAAUGAAGACUUUGCAACUGGAUACAGCUUGGGAUUAAUUGGAGGUGUAAGGGCAUGGAUGCGCAGCCGUCGGUCACUCUUAGAAAGUCGCGCUCCUUCACCAACCAGCGAAGAAGAGCAUGAGUCCGAACAGGAACGCAGCAACGGCCAUGUUGAACCAUCGAAAGCGCAAGCCAGUGCAGUGACAAAUUAAACCAAAGGACAUACAUAGUGUAACCUUAUCAGGUUGCUUUAGCCCUAUUCUCAAUUGUCUGCUGUCUGUCUGUCAAGAGUAUCAGAGGACUGCCGCUUUUCAUGUCUCACUAAGCAAGUGAUCUAAACACAAGACAAAAAAAAUUUCAAAACAAAACGAAACAAGAACAAAAGCAAGAACAAAAUAAUUGAC